GCUCCCUUUGAAAUUGUUGCCAAUUUGUACACAAUUAAAAAACUUUACGUGUCUCGAAAUUAAGCGAACAAAUUGUUUUAAAAUGUCCUUGGUAGAAUGGGGAAACCCCAAAGAGAAGCUGUGAAAAUGUGGCAAGGAAAUGGGAGGGAUGGUAAGGCAGCGACUGCCAAAACUGAUUUCAAUCGCACACAUGUGUUGCCUUUUCUUCGAAAUCCCACCUUAUAGCAACCUCCUUUCGCCACAUUUCGCCUCCUUGGAGGCAAACAAACUUUUGUUUCAAAAUUUUGUACAUAAAUUCAAUUAGUAAGCAAUGCCACAAAAGUAAAUAUUGGACUCGAAUACGGGGGAUACGAGGAGAUGGUCCUGCGAGCCUACAAUUUGGGACACGUGAGGCAAUGGCUGCUCCUGUGGCAACCGAAAACCGUUUGAAAUUCUCACGCAUUGCGCCAAAAGCGUUUAAGCUUUGAAACCGUAUUUGAUUGCACCUGACACAUGUCAUGUGUAACUAAGGAGUCGCCACCAACCAGCAAUAGCAAUGGCAAAAGCAAUAGCAAUAGCAAUAGCAGCUACAACAAUAACAGCAACAGCAAAAGUGGUUCCUGCCACACACAAGCAACAAAAACAACAACAACGGUAAGAGACCGGAAUGGAGGGGAAAUCACCUGGAGAGCAACAAGCGGAAACUGCGGUCUGAUGAAUAUCCCGCAGUGAAAUGCACUGAAAUUGUCUCCCAAAAUGGGUGAAAAUUAAAUGCAGCUGAGGGUGAGAGAGUUUUGCAGAAUAAGAUUAGAAAUUAUAAGCUACUACGACACACUUGAUGCUAACGAGGAAGAUCAGUGAAUACAAAAUAGUAGCUGAAUUUACAAUCCUUUCUUAGCUUAACCCACACCGAGGCAAUCGAAAUUGCCAGCCAUGUAAUACGCAAUUGUUAACUGAAUUUUGGGGCAAAUGGCAAAAUGGCAGAGAGCCCGAAACAGAAACUAAGACAACUUCAAGUGUCCUUAGCUGCAAGAACAAUGUCCUGCCAGUCUAUGCAAAUGCAAUGGUUGCUGUUUCAGCAACGAAAUAAGACCAGAAACAAGAGCUGGAGCUGAGUUUACUCUAUCGAGUCAACAAUGAAUUGAAUGCCGGUCUGGCGGCUUCGAAAUGAGCAUCAGUCGUGGGCAGGACAAUGGCAGGACACUGUUGAUACAAGUGUCCAGGCAAAUGUAAUUUAAAAGAAAAUUAAUUAAGUGUUCUCCUGCAGGCAAAAGUAAAAAAUAGACGAGAAAUUGGUGAAAACAGUCUUGCCUCUGGGCCCAUUGUUAUUCCGUCGGUGCAUUUCUAAUUACUCUGCUGCAGGAUUGAGAAAGUGCUCAUUUUGUGGCAACCUUUCGUCCUUCCUCGUUUGUCUCAAUAAGGCAGUGCGUCAACUUUCAUUUGUCAUUGUGGGUGCGUUGCUGCAGCCGAGCAAACAAAAUGCAUUACCGCAGACACGAGGACACCGAAGACAGGAGCGAAAGGACAAGGACUCGACACAGUUCCUUAGCAGCUGACCCGAAAAAAAUCAACCCUUACGGGGCGGCAAAGGGGCACUACUACUGAUGCCAACACACCCACGCAACACACCGAGAAAAAUAGCCACUGUUAAAAAGAAU